UGGCGGCGGGAGGGUCCCGUGGGGCCGGCGGUGAAGCUCCAGGUGGACCCCGCCCCGGACGGCGCUGGGGCUGCCCGGGGGUCGCCGAGCCCGGGCCCGCCGCGGAGCCUCCUGCUCACCCGGCUGCAGAGCCCACCCGGCUCAUUCAUGGCUGCGGCAGAGCCCGCUCGGGGAAGAGACUAUCAGCGAGCUGCGGAAGGAUGCUCUGUCCCCCUGCCGGACCCGGCGUCCUGGGUGGAAGGGGAGAACGUGUGGGUGCUGGAGCUGCAGCCCUACGGCGAUCCCAGUGCAGGUGACGAAGCGGUAAAGCUGGAGCCGCAGGGGCCGUUCCUGAGAAGCUCUGUGAAGGCUGUAAAGCAGGAGAUGCUGAAGCCCGGCAUAGCAGGGAUGCCGGAGCCGGAGGGACCGUUCCUGAGAAGCUCUGUGAGGGCUUUAAAGAAGGAGAUGCCCGAGCCAGGCGUAGCAGGGAUGCUGGAGCUGGAGGGACCAUUCCUGAGAAGCUCUGUGAGGGCUUUAAAGCAGGAGAUGCCUGAGCCAGGCAUAGCAGGGAUGCCAGAGCCGGAGGGGCCGUUCCUGAGAAGUGCCGUGAGGGCUUUAAAGCAGGAGAUGCCGGAGCAAGGCAUAGCAGGGAUGCUGGAGCCAGAGGGACCGUUCCUGAGAAGUGCUGUGAGAGCUUUAAAGCAGGAGAUACCAGAGCCAGGCAUAGCAGGGAUGCUGGAGCCAGAGGGGCCAUUCCUGAGAAGCACUGGAGAGAACAUUCCCUGGAUCCCGGAGCAGGGCAGAGCUGGUGGGAACCAGCACCGGGCAGAGAGGAGGAACCCUCCACGGAGGAGGCAGGGUAAGAACAGCUGCUAUGACCCCAUGCCGGGGAGGCAAGGGGGCAGCCCCCUGCGGGACAUCACUGUGCCCCAGAGCGCAGCUGCAGGGGGGCCACCCCACACGUGUGCCACCUGUGGAAAGAGUUUCAGCCGCCGCUCCAAGCUGAGCUCCCACCAGAGGAACCACACUGGAGACAAACCCCACAGCUGUGGGGACUGUGGGAAGGGCUUCCUGUGGCGCUCGGACCUGCUCCGGCACCAGCUCAUGCACACGGGGGAGCGUCCCCACCACUGCUCCCAGUGUGGCCGUGGCUUCAGCAGGGCCUCGCGGCUUCUGCAGCAUCAGAGAGUCCACAUGGAAGCCAGCCACGGAACGGAGGGCAGCCCGGUGCCGAAUGUGUUGCAGGGAGUACACGGGGAGCCUGGCAAUGGAGUGGGGCAGAGCCCGGGGCUGAGCGAGGGCCAGAGAGUCCAUGCGGAGCCUGGCCACGGAGUGGGACGGAGCCCAGGACUGAAUGUGGGGCUGGGAGUCCACUUGGAUCCCCGCCAUGAGGUGGGGCAGAGCCCGGGGCUGAGUGAGGGCCAGGGAGUCCACGUGGAGCCUGGCCACGGGGUGGGGCAGAGCCUGGGGCUGAAUGAGGGGCUGGGAGUCCACACAGAGCCGGACCACAGAGUGGAGCGGAGCCUGGGGCUGAGUGAGGGGCAGGGAGUCCAUCUGGAGCCUGGCCACGGAGUGGGGCGGAGCCUGGGGCUCAGUGAGGGGCAGGGAGUCCACGCGGAGCCUGGCCACGGAGUAGGGCGGAGCCUGGGGCGGAGUGAGGGGCAGGGAGUCCACGCGGAGCCUGGCCAUGGAGUGGGGCGGAGCCUGGGGCUCAGUGAGGGGCAGGGAGUCCACGCGGAGCCUGGCCACGGAGUGGGGCGGAGCCUGGGGCUGAAUGAGGGGCUGGGAGUCCACGUGGAGCCCGGCAAUGGAGCAGAGAGGACCUGGGCUCUGAGUACGGUGCAGAGAAGCCACGUGGAGCCUGCCCAUAGAGGGGAGGGCAAUGUGGCACAGAGCCCAACCUUGUUUGCACUGCAAGGAGUCCAUGGAGAGCCCUGUCAUGGAGCGGGGUGGAGCCCAGCGCUCACUACACUGCAGGGCAUCCAUACGGAGCCUGGCCAUGGAGUGGGGCGGAGCCUGGGGCUGCAUGAGGGGCUGGGAGUCCAUGCGGAGCCUGGCCACGGAGUGGGGCGGAGCCCGGGGCUGCAUGAGGGGAUGGGAGUCCAGGUGGAGCCUGGCCAUGGAGUAGGGCAGAGCCCGGGGCUGAGUCAGGGGCUGGGAGUCCAUGCAGACCCUGCCCAUGGAGUAGGGCGGAGCCUGGGGCGGAGUGAGGGGCAGGGAGUCCACGUGGAGCCUGGCCAUGGAGUGGGGCAGAGCCCGGGGCUGAGUGAGGGGCAGGGAGUCCAUGCGGAGCCCGGCAAUGGAGCAGAGAGGACCUGGGCUCUGACUAUGCUGCAGGGAGUCCAUGCAGAGCCCUGUCCCGGGGCAGGGUGGAGCCCAGUGCUGACUACGCUGCAGAGAAGCCACGUGGAGCCUGCCCAUGGAGGGGAGGGCAACGUGGCACAGAGCCCAACCUUGUUUGCACUUCAGGGAGUCCACGGAGAGCCCUGCCAUGGAACGGGGUGGAGCCCGGUGCUCACUACACUGCAGGGCAUCCACGCAGAGCCAGGCCACGGAGUGGGGUGGAGCCCAGUACUCACUACACUGCAGGGUGUCCACGCAGAGCCAGGCCACAGAGCAGGGUGGAGCCCUGUGCUAACUACACUGCAGGGCGUCCAUGUGGAGCCCUGCCACGGAGCAGGGUGGAGCCCAGUGCUCACUACGCUGCAGGGUGUUCACACAGAGCCAGGCCACGGACCGGGGUGGACCCCAAUGCUCACUACACUGCAGGGCGUCCACGCAGAGCCAGGCCACAGAGCAGGGUGGAGCCCCGUGCUCACUACGCUGCAAGGAGUCCACGGGGAGCCCUGUCAUGGACAAGAAUGGAGCCCAGCCCUGAGUGCAUUGCAGGGCAUCCACGGAGAGCCCAGCCACAGCCCAGAAGGGAACCCGGCGCUGAUUGCCUUGCAGAGGGUCCACGCGGAGUCCUGGCAUGGCGCAGAGGGUAAUGUGGCACAAUGCCCAACCGUGUUUGCACUGCAGAGAAUUCAUGCAGAACCCUGCUAUGGCACUGAGGGACCCGCAGCCCAGAGCCUGGAGCUGAUUGUGGUGCAGAGAGUCCAUGGGGAGCCCUGCCAUGGAGCAGAGGGGAGCUCAGCCCUGAUUACCCUGCAGGGAGUCCACGGGGAGCCCUGCCACGGCACUGAGCAGAACCCGACACUGCAUGCAGUGCAGACAGUCCACGGGGAGCCCUGCCACAGCACCGAGCAGAGCCCGGCACUGAGUGCAGUGCAGACAGUCCAUGGGAAGCCCUGCCACGGCACCGAGCAGAGCCCAGCACUGUGUGCAGUGCAGACAGUCCAUGGGGAGCCCUGCCAAGGCACCGUGCAGAGCCAGGCACUGCAUGCAGUGCAGACAGUCCAUGGGGAGCUCUGCCACGGCACCGAGCAGAGCCCGGCACUAAGUGCAGUGCAGACAGUCCACGGGGAGCCCUGCCAAGGCACUGAGCAGAGCCAGGCACUGCAUGCAGUGCAGAAAGUCCACGGGGAGCUCUGCCACAGCACCGAGCAGAGCCUGGAACUGCAUGCAGUGCAGACAGUCCACGGGGAGCCCUGCCAAGGCACCGAGCAGAGCCCAGCACUGCGUGCAGUGCAGACCGUCCAUGGGGAGCCCUGCCACGGCACCGAGCAGAGCCUGGCACCGAGUGCAGUGCAGACAGUCCACGGGGAGCCCUGCCAUGGAGUAGAGAGUCCCAUGGCCCAGAGCCUGGCACUAGCUGCGCUGCAGAGUCUCCAGGCCGGAGAGGCUCAAUGUGUCAUUGCUGAGCGAGGGGGAGGCCUGGCCGAGACCCCACCAUCCUCCGUGGCCUUGGUGCAGGAGAAUCCCUUCCAAUGUCCCGAGUGCCGAAAGUGCUUCAGCCGCAGCUCGUACCUGGUGAAGCACCAGCGGAUCCACGGGGUGGGGAAGCCCCACCAGUGCCCCCAGUGUGGCAAGUGCUUCAGCCAGCGGUCAUACCUCUGCAAGCACCGCCGGAUCCAUGCCGCAGCAGCCGGCAAACCCCACGAGUGCGUGCUGUGCGGCAAGCGCUUCAGCCUUCGGUCCUACCUCUGCAAACACCGCCGCAUCCACACAAGAUAGGGCCGGUCCCCAGGCCUGAGAGCCACAGCAGCCCUGGAACCAAGGGGACACCGCCCUGUAGCCACAGAGCCAUGGUACAAGAAGCACACAGAGUGUGUCAGCAGAACCCACGGCACAGAAGCGCUACCGGCGGAGCUGGCAGGCUCCUCUCUCUGGCAUGCGGUGGGAGAGGGAGCGCUGGGUGAGGCUGGGGGGAACAGAGGGGAGAACUUUCUGUGCCAUGUUCUAUAGUGUUUUCUGUCAAUAAACGGUUUCAAAGAGGGGGAAAUGCUCCCUUGUAAACGUGCAUCGUCUCUCUGCAGCCGUUUGGGGGCAAGGCAAGGGCCGUGGCCCUGGUAUGAGAGCAAAACAGCCUGAGCCACGUGUCCUGUGUGAGCCUCUCCACUGGGGGGGGAGGCCGGCGUGCCCACGCAGCCAUUCCUGCAGGGGGGAACGAUUCUGUCGCGGUGCAGCCCAUAACCCCUGCUGGAAUACAGCCGCUCACCCAGGGCUGGGA